AGAAGCAAAAAGUAAAAUCUCCGGAAAAAAUCGGGGCAAAAAUCGCAGAAACCCUGCGAUUCCAAUUCCAUGGCGGAGACCUCCGUCCACGGCGCCGUCCGCCGCGGAUCCUCCGGCGGCGACCGGCGGAAUCGCGCCAAACGAAGCCGACCUCCUCCUCCUCCUAUGGGCGCUAGGGAUCUCAUCAGCGCCUUGCCAGACGCCGUGAUCCACCACAUCUUCUCCUUCCUGCCCCUGAGAGACGUCGUGAAGACCGGCGUCCUCUCCAAGCGCUGGCAGUCCGCUUGGACCGCCACCGCCCACCUCGUCCUCGACGACCUCCGGCCUCGCCGUCGCGACACCUACUACCCGGACUUCCCGUCCCUCGUCGACAGCGUCCUGAUCCGGUGCACCUCGCCCGCGGUGAAGAGGUUCCACGUCACCAUCUUCAAGUGCGACGAGGCCUACCGCCCCAAGCUCGACCUCUGGCUCCGCUUCGCGGAGGGUCGCCGCGUGGAGGAUCUCCGCCUGUGCCUUCAUCAGCUGCUGGUUCAUUAUAAGCUGCCGCGGUUCUUGUAUUGCUUGAGUGGGUUGGUGCGCCUGGAGGUCUGGAGCUGCUGUCUUUCGUUGGGCACUGCUGUCAGGUGGCCUUGUCUCAAGGUCUUGUUGUUAGGAUGUGCGGAGUUGAGCGAUGGUAUCCUGGAGGGGAUUGUCGGGGGAAGUCCUGUUCUAGAGUCCCUUGAGUUGCACCAUUGCAGGGGCGUGAAGAACAUUGUGAUAGAUUCGACAAGCGUGAAAGAGUUAGUACUCGCCAAUGGCGGGUUAUCUGACUCGGAGCAAAUCUGGGCCCCGCAUUUGCUGUCGCUGCGGGUAUCGGGGAUCUGGGGUCUCAAUUCCGUGUUCAGACUCGACGACGUGUCUUCUUUGGUGGAAGCCGAGCUAGAUUUUGUUGUGUGUGCUGACAAGAGCCGGGACUUGUUAAAGGAACUUCUUGAGAAGCUGCGCGGAGUUUCGACGAUCUCCAUUGGCGGUUGGUGUUUGCAGAUUCUGUCCGCUUUGGAGAUGGAAGGAGUGCAAUGUCCAUUGUCAAAAUGUCAGAAUCUGAUACUACGCGCGCCAGUUAGUCAAUGGGAAGUUCCCGGGAUAGCAUGCAUGCUACGAAGUUCACAGCGCCUGGAAAAAUUAGUCGUACACCUGACUCGCUCUCGCCCAUUGACGUUUAAGCUCGACGAAGAAUCUAUAGAACGUUUUAACGAAGAUCUUUUGUCACGGAAGGGGAACUUUCAAUGUUUGGCGAAACAUCUCAAGAGGGUGGAGAUCAUCGGUUUUGCUAAUAGUUUUGGGUCGAAACAUCUGCUCACCUUGAUUAAGUUUCUUCUUGGUGAUGCACUUAUGCUGGAGAAGAUGAUUAUUGAGGCUGAUUUCCAUGCACAACGUGGACAAAAACAUCUUGAAGCCGCUGAUCUUUCCAAACUACUUGAUGUGAGCCGAAAUGUGCACAGCUAUCGAAGAGCUUCCCAAAAUGCUGAAGUUAUCUUCGAUUAUCCUUUGGAAGAGUUGUCCUUAAAAAGGCAUAUGAAGAAGAUCUGGGUUUCUGAACUUGGAUGAGCACUACACUGCUCAUUCUAAACAGGCGCUGCGAUUUCCCAAUUGGUGUGGACUGCUAUGCCCUUUCUUCUGAGAUGAAGGAUAAAUUCGAUGCUUUGACAGCAAGAAUUUUGAAUGGGGAGUUGAUCCCUUCGUCAGAGCCCAAACCUGCCCAGGACCAUCACGUUUCUUUGUUGUGCUGAACUGCAUAAGCAUGGAAAAAAUGGGCUUGCUGUGAUGGAUAGCUCUUGUAUGCAGUUGUUGUCGUUGCAGCUUGUAGUCAGUUUGGAGCUGUUGACACCUAAUUUCACGGGGAGGACAGUAUCAAGUUCUAAUUCGCUCUUGUUGUGCUAGUAAACAUGUUUGACCUGUCCGAGAGGAAAGCCAAUAUUUUGGAGCAAGAUUCGAACUUCAAAUUGUCCAAACUAUUUAGAGUCGAAGUAAUGACAAGAAAUGUUUGCAAUGUGUUGCAGCCAUUUGAGGGCAUUUUGUAAGAGAGAAAAGUUCCGGGGAUCAAAGAAAGUCGAAGGAGGGCAGAUGGCAGAAUGAGCAAGAUGAAGGAUGGCUUUUGACUUUUGAGACGAUGAAACUAGCUAUCCUGACUUAGUGCAGCUUCUCGGGUUUUGCGUUAUGAGCAUGCACUUUUACAUUAGGUGGGAUCAAGUUGCAAACUUUUAUUUGCACCAGCAAUGUGUCUUUGGGACUCGUACAGUUCACUGGUCCUUCUAGUAUCAACAAUGCUAUUUUUUGAUGUUGAAUUGUUGGUGGAUACAACUAUCUUAUCUUGGGUGUAAGCAGGUUUUUUCGGAAACUAAUGUCACUGGCGUUAUACUUA